AUGGCCCGCAUCGUGGACCUGGUGCCCUGGGAGGACGGCUCCACCCACGUGUACGCGUCCCCAGCCAUCCUGCUCCCGAUGGAGCGGCAGAGAAACCAGCUGGCCGGCGUGAAGCAGCAGCUCUACCACCCGGCCCUGCCCAGCCUGCGCCGCAUGGACAUGGACUCCACCAGGGCCUGCCUGUCGGAGGAGCACUGCCGGUCCUCCACCUACUGCCGCAAAGAUGACUUUGACAAUGCCUACUUCACACUCCUUGGUGUCCCCAACAAACCCCUGCAGUGCUUGGACAUCACCGCGACCGGCCAGAGGCUCCGCGACAGGUGCCGCGAGGGAAAGCUGGCGCCCAUCGCGCCGGGCAUCAGCCGGCUGGACUGGCCCUGCUUCGUGCGCGCCUUCGAGGACUGGUCCCAUUUCGUGUCCUCUGCCAGAGAGUUCAGGCUGCCCCCCUCGAGCAAGAAGGCCGAGAGUUUCAGCGGCUACGCGGUGCGGCACUUGAAGCCGGAGGUGACCCAGAACUGGCGGUACUGUCUCAACCAGAACCCCAGCCUGGACCGAUACGGACAGAAGCCCUUGCCCUACGAUUCCCUGAACACUUUCCGCCACUUCGGAUCCUACUACAGUCGUUCCAAUUACCUAAUUCCCUGGCGUUAACCUGCGGAAGGAGGCCCACGCCCAGGGGGCCGACCCCCAGGCUGCCGGACCACGCCCCCUCAGGUUCCCCAGCAGGACGGAGGGUGAACGGUGGCCUCCCCCAUCUCCCCCAGAGUUCAGCCUGACCGGAAAUAAACCUAAUGU